AUGGCGUCCAGCACCGGCUCCUCGCGGGAGCCCCGGACGGGGCGUGCCGGAGGGCGCGGGGCCAUGGCCCUGCUGCUGGCUGGCCUCCUGCUGCCAGGGACCUUGGCUAAGAGCAUCGGGACCUUCUCAGACCCCUGUAAGGACCCCACACGUAUCACCUCCCCCAACGACCCCUGUCUCACCGGGAAGGGGGGCUCCAGCAGCCCUGUUUCCAGUGCCGGGGGCUCUGGGGGCGGCUCCGGGGGCUCCGGGGGCUCUGGUGGCUCCGGCGGUUCCAGUGGCUUCAGUGGAGGUUCCAGCGGCUCCAGUGGCUCCAGUGGAGGUUCCAGCAGUGGCUUCAGUGGCAGUUCUAGUGGAUUCAGUGGCUCCAGCGGCUCCAGCGGACACAGUGGCUCCAGUGGCGGCUCCAGUGGCGGCUCCAGCGGCUCCAGUGUGGCCCAGGGCGGUCCUUCGGGGUCUUUGCUGUUUAAGCCAGGGACCAGCUAUUCCCAGAGCAGCUACAGCUCCGGGUCUGGCUCCAGUGUGCACGGUGCCCCCAGCUCCUCCCAGCAGGGGUCCGGGCCCGCCGCCCCAGGCCGCGGCGGCUCUGCCCACUUCGUGGUGAGCUCCUCCCAGUCCGGCGGGGGCUCCAGCUCCUCCGUCUCCCAGGCGUCCUGGACGGCCGGCAGCGGCGGCCAGAGGGGCGGCUCCAGCUCACGCCCCUGCAGCCCGGACGUCCCCGACUCUCCCUGCAGCGGGGGGCCCGUCGUCUCCCACUCCGGCUCCUACAUCUCCAGCUCCCACUCUGUGUCCGGGGGCCAAAGGCCGGUGGUGGUGGUGGUGGAGCAGCACGGCUCCGGAGGCCCCGGCGCCCCCUGCGGCAACGGCGGCGCCCCCGGCAGGCCCUGCCCGCCCAUCACCUCUGUGGACAAGUCCUACGGCGGCUACGAGGUGGUGGGCGGCUCCUCCAACAGCUACCUGGCCCCGGGCAUGACCUACAGCGGCGGCAAAAUCUACCCUGUGGGCUACUUCACCAAAGAGAACCCCGUCAGAGGCUCCCCGGGGGUGCCCUCCUUCGCAGCCGGGCCCCCCAUCUCCGAGGGCAAGUACUUCUCCAGCAAUCCCAUCGUCUCCAGCCACAGCUCCAGCGCCGGCAUCUACCCGUCCGGAGCCUCCUCCGUCGUCGUGUUCCAGCCAGUGGGCUCCGGCGGCGUCCGGCCCUGCGCGGCGGGCUCCUCGGGCUCCAGGGGGCCCUGCUCCCUCUCCGGUUCUGUGGUCCACAUUGUCUCCGGCGGCUCGGGGUCCUCGCACCCCUGCGGCAGCGUCUCCCAGGGGCCCUGCUCCCCGCCGGGCACGGGCGCGCUCAGCCACAGCUCUGGCUCCCAAUCCAGCAGCAAAGUCGUCCUUCAGCCCUGUGGCGGCACGUCCAGCGCUGCGGGUCACCCCUGCGCGCCCGCCUCCUCCUCCGCGCUGACCGGGGGGCCCAAGGGCUCCCCGCAGCCCGACCCCUCCGCUGGCGCCCAGCCCUGCGGCGGCUCCAAGACUCCGUGCCGCUCCCUCCGGGACAUCCUGGCCCAAGUGCAGCCCCUGGGGCCCCAGCUAGCUGGCCCUGAAGCCUUCCAGCCCCAGGGACAGGCUCAUGCCAGUCCAUAA